AUGGGGGUGGAGGAAGGAAAUGGUCAUGGCACUAAAGAACCAUCAGGGGAGGCGGUCAAGGAUCACGCCUGCGACCCAACUUCUGUGAUCUCCUUAAGUGUGGUGUCACAUCGCCUCGAUUUCCUGACGGAACCCCUGAGGAUCGGUAGCGGGAUCUGCUCGGCUGGCAGUUUGCUAUUGGAGUUUACUUCCCUGAGCACUCCCUACUGGGUAUUGGAAAGCACCAAUAAAGGCCUGCUCCACAGUGGACUCUGGAAGGUCUGCUUAGAUCCUGACUGCACCCUGUAUUGGUUUAGUCUACUAGCCCUGCCGAUCCAUUUCACCCGAGCAUUCCUGUUGAUUGCGUGUUUCUGCGGCCUCAUAUCUUUAUUAUGCAUCUGCAUCUCCUUUGAACGUGACCUGCUGUUCCGCAUAUCCCUGGUCAGAACCGCUGCUGCCUUCAGCUUCUGUUCAGGUCUUUUCAUCUUGAUUGGCAUGUCUAUAUUCACAUACGUGCACAAGCGUUCCCAGUCUUACACCCGUGAUUUGGUCAUAUUCGGGUCAUCUUACGGCUUGGGCUGGGCCUCUAUCCCUAUGUACGUCAUAACAGGCAUACUACUAAUGCUGACUCACAAAACAACCAUCUACUAAGUCUGGGGGUUCAUUCUGCCACAGAGGCCGAA